CUGAUAGGGCCGCAGGGGACGCCGUGGGAAAGCAGCGCGUCCGAAGGAGGAAGAACACAGCAGUUUCAACCGGUCGGGCGAAGGAACCCUCAAGAAAUAAGUGUCGGGCUGUGGCCGCAGGAUUUCCCACUGCCCUGCUCCUCCCCUGAUGUGGCUGUCCUAUGCCAGUGAUGCAGGCCACUUGCCUCGACUGCCAGCUGCUUGCUGACCGGCGUAACCCUCUGUGUUCAAAGGGAAGCGGCGAGGAUUCCAAGGUCCCACCAUCCUCACAGCCAAUGAGGGGCCUGUGAGGGAGGAGCUUGGGGCGGCUUAGUGCAGCUUGAGCUUCUGAGGGAAUCAUCCCCAGUAGGUGCGGUGGAGUCUGAGCUCCGCUGCAUCUGUCACAGCAGAACAAAAUUGAAAAAGACAAAAGCAAAAUUUAAAAAAAGAAGAGAAGAAAUGCUGCGGACUAUGGAACGCUGUAGGACUUUCCGAAACAUUUGCUGGGGAUUCCGGUGGAUCAUGAUCUUUUAAAACCAGUUCUUUCUGAAGCCGGUUUGGGUAAUUGGGAAAAUGACACGUAUGCUAAAUGCAGCAGCUGAUCGAGUGAAAUGGACCAGAUCGAGCGCUGCUAAAAGGGCUGCCUGCCUGGUGGCUGCCGCAUAUGCUCUGAAAACCCUCUAUCCCAUCAUUAGCAAGCGUUUAAAGCAAUCUGGCCACAGGAAGAGAAAAGAAGCAGCUUACCCGACUGCAGAGAACAGAGAAAUACUGCAUUGCACCGAGACCACUUGUAAAAAUUCUUCGCCUGGAGUGAAUGCAGAUUUUUUCAAACAGCUGCUAGAACUUUGGAAAAUUCUCUUUCCAAAACUUGUGACCACUGAAACAGGAUGGCUCUGCCUCCACUCGGUGGCUCUGAUCUCGAGAACAUUUCUGUCUAUCUAUGUGGCUGGUCUGGAUGGACAAAUCGUGAAAAGCAUUGUGGAAAAGAAGCCUCGGGCUUUCAUCAUCAAAUUACUCAAGUGGCUUAUGAUUGCCAUCCCUGCUACCUCUGUGAACAGUGCAAUAAGGUACCUGGAGUGCAAACUGGCUUUCAUCAUCAAAUUAAUCAAGUGGCUUAUGAUUGCCAUCCCUGCUGCCUCUGUGAACAGUGCGAUAAGGUACCUGGAGUGCAAACUGGCUUUCAUCAUCAAAUUACUCAAGUGGCUUAUGAUUGCCAUCCCUGCUGCCUCUGUGAACAGUGUGAUAAGGUACCUGGAGUGCAAACUGGCUUUGGCCUUCAGAACUCGCCUAAUAGACCAUGCCUGUGAAACCUAUUUUACAAAUCAGACUUAUUAUAAGGUGAUCAAUAUGGAUGGGAGGCUGGCAAACCCUGACCAGUCUCUUACUGAGGAUAUUAUGAUGUUCUCCCAAUCUGUGGCUCACUUGUAUUCUAAUCUGACCAAACCUAUUUUAGAUGUAAUCCUGACCUCCUAUACGCUCAUCCAGACUGCUCCAUCCAGAGGAGCUAGCCCAAUUGGGCCCACCCUAUUAGCAGGGCUUGUGGUAUAUGCCACUGCUAAAGUGUUGAAAGCCUGCUCUCCCAAAUUUGGUAAAUUGGUGGCUGAAGAAGCUCAUAGAAAAGGCUAUUUGCGGUAUGUGCACUCCAGAAUUAUAGCCAAUGUUGAAGAAAUUGCCUUUUACAGAGGACAUAAGGUGGAAAUGAAGCAACUCCAGAAAAGUUACAAAGCUUUAGCCGAUCAGAUGAACCUCAUUUUAUCCAAACGUUUGUGGUACAUCAUGAUAGAGCAGUUCUUGAUGAAGUAUGUUUGGAGCAGCAGUGGACUGAUGAUGGUGGCUGUACCUAUUAUCACUGCAACUGGCUUUGCAGAUGGUGAUCUAGAGGAUGGCCCCAAACAAGCUAUGGUUAGUGAACGGACAGAAGCCUUUACUACUGCUCGAAAUUUAUUGGCCUCUGGAGCUGAUGCUAUUGAAAGGAUUAUGUCUUCAUACAAAGAGAUCACUGAAUUAGCAGGCUAUACUGCUCGAGGGUACAAUAUGUUUUGGGUCUUUGAUGAAGCGAAAAGAGGCAUUUAUAAGAGAACUGCUGUCAUGCAAGAGUCUGAAAACCACAGCAAGAAUGGAGCUAACAUAGAAUUAUCCCUCAGUGAUACGAUGGAAAUCAAAGAAUCUCAGCCUCCUCCAAAAUAGACACAGAGGUCGGACACUGUCAUCCUGGAGCUCAGAGCUCAGUGGGAAAGAUGGAGUAUGAAUAAAGUGUUACAACGCAACCCAGCAUCUGGGAGAGGAGGAUGAGUUAACGAGACAAAGAGUGACUGCAGAAGCAAUCCAGGGAGAAAACCAGCCCGUGUGAAGGUCUUGAGGAUCUGAACCGGUGAAGCCCUGGGCUGCCAAAGCAGAGCACAUGAACUUAACCACUCGGCCACAGGUCAACCCCUAAAUUCUCUUCUUUAACUGCCCAUGUCACGAGAGCACAAGACUAGAAUGAAGACAAGCAGGGGAGACCAAGGAUGAGAGUUUAUUGAACAUGAAGGUCUCAUCCACAUUUGAAAGCACAAUCCCGAUGUCCAGCUUCUGCAGGAGGAAGUACAGAAGCUCCGAGAUUAGACCACACAGGGUCGAAACCUGCUUCUGCCGCUGACUGGCUGUCUGUCCUUCAUCAGGUCACUUAACCUCUAAAUGUUGCCAACGCCAUUCUACGUGAAUGAAGAUGUGUGGAGUGCUUGCACCCAGAGAAGGUUGUGAGAUCGUUGUCAUCACCCAGACGUGGUAGCAGACACCUGCACUCGCACUCAGAUGAAUCUGGGGCUGGCCUGGGACCUCGACACAGACAUCUGGUUGCAGCCGAAAGACAUCGUCCCUCACCUUAAAUUAAGGACGUUAACGUGAAAUUGACUGGUCUUGUAGUUUUGUUUGUACUUGAUUUUUAAGUUUGUUUUGGUUUUAGAGUUGUGUAAGAGCUAAAAGAAUAAGGAAGUUUUACCAGGAUGUCUGUUUGUAAAUAUUUAAUUUAUGUUUGAAUAAAAGUAAUUCAAGUGACA